GAUCCUCUGCUCUGGGGCUGGGGCAGGGAGGGUCAGUGGGUACUAGGGGAGGAGGGCAAGGCUUCUGAACUCUGCUUUUGCCAACCACUUCCUGUCUCUCUUCAGCGGGGGCUCAACCCCCCGGACCUCCAGAAAUGACGUCAGAAUCAUUUGCAUCCCGCUGCCUCUACCUGCCCGGUCCAGCUGGGACCCUGCCUCGCCGGCCCCAUGGCCAGAGGGUUGGAAAUUAAUGAUCAUGAGCUCGUAUUUGAUGGACUCUAACUACAUCGAUCCGAAAUUUCCUCCAUGCGAAGAAUAUUCGCAAAAUAGCUACAUCCCUGAACACAGUCCGGAAUAUUACGGCCGGACCAGGGAAUCGGGAUUCCAGCAUCACCACCAGGAGCUGUACCCACCACCGCCUCCGCGCCCUAGCUACCCCGAGCGCCAGUAUAGCUGCACCAGUCUCCAGGGGCCGGGCAAUUCGCGAGGCCACGGGCCGGCCCAGGCGGGCCACCACCACCCCGAGAAAUCACAGCCGCUCUGCGAGCCGGCGCCUCUCUCAGGCGCCUCCGCCUCCCCGUCCCCAGCCCCGCCAGCCUGCAGCCAGCCAGCCCCUGACCAUCCCUCCAGCGCCGCCAGCAAGCAGCCCAUAGUCUACCCAUGGAUGAAAAAAAUCCACGUUAGCACGGUGAACCCCAAUUAUAACGGAGGGGAACCUAAGCGCUCGAGGACAGCCUACACCCGGCAGCAAGUCCUGGAAUUAGAGAAAGAGUUUCAUUACAAUCGCUACCUGACCCGAAGGAGAAGGAUCGAGAUCGCCCACUCGCUGUGCCUCUCUGAGAGGCAGAUCAAAAUCUGGUUCCAAAACCGUCGCAUGAAAUGGAAGAAGGACCACCGACUCCCCAACACCAAAGUCAGGUCAGCGCCCCCGGCCGGCGCUGCGCCCAGCACCCUUUCGGCGGCCACCCCGGGCACUUCUGAAGACCACUCCCAGAGCGCCACGCCGCCGGAGCAGCAACGGGCAGAGGACAUUACCAGGUUAUAAAACAUAACUCACACCCUGCCCCCACCCCAUGCCCCCAUCCUCCCCUCACACACAAAUUGACUCUUAUUUAUAGAAUUUAAUAUAUAUAUAUUUUUUGGUUCUUUUCUCUCUUCCUCCCACCUUCUCCCUUGUCAAUUCCAAACUGACAAAACAGAUAAACAAGCCCUCUGCCCUUCUCUCCCUUCCACGGUUAAGGACCCUUUUAAGCAUGUGAUGUUGUCUUAGCAUGGUACCUGCUGGGUUUUUUUUUUAAGGCCAUUUUGGGGGGUUAUUUAUUUUUUAAGGAAGAAAGCUGCAAAAAUUAUAUAUUGCAAGGUGCGAUGGUCUGGUUUGGGUGAAUUUCAGGGGAAAUGAGGAAAAGAAAAAAGGAAAGAGAGAUUUUUAAGCCAAUUCGCCUCCUUCUCCUCCUCCUCCUCCUUCCCCCCUCUUUCCUUAGGCCUUUUGCAUUGAAAAUGCACCAGGGGAGGUUAGUGAGGGGGAAGUCAUUUUAAGGAGAACAAAGCUAUGAAGUUCUUUUGUAUUAUUGUUGGGGGGGCUGGGAGGAGAGGGGUAAGACAGCAGACAAAGCUAAAUGCAUCUGAAGAGCCUCUCAGAGCUGUUCAGUUUGAGGAGCCAAAAGAAAAUAAAAAUGAACUUUCAGUUCAGAGAGGCAGUCUAUAGGUAGGAACCCCCCUCCCACCAUCGUGGUUAUUGUGUUUUUGGACUGAAUUUACUUGAUUAUUGUAAAACUUGCAAUAAAGAAUUUUAGUGUCGAUGUGAAAUGCCCCGUGAUCAAUAAUAAACCAGUGGAUGUGAAUUAGUUUUA